AAUCUCAUUUCUUUUCCUUGCAGCACCAAACAGAACUGACCCGCCAGGGAGUAUUGGCGCUGCAUGGCCGACUCCCCUCACUCUUUGUUCAUUUUUUCUGCCGCACAAGAAACACCGACCGCUAGAGAGCAUCUGCUCCUAGCCGGCCGCGACCUUGGGCUUGCUCUGUGCUCUCUCUCUCUUUUCUUUACUUCUCUCUCUGCGAGCUCUCCUGUCUCCAUGUUCGGCCGACACUGUGCACUGAACGGCCAAAACUCCAUGAGCACGGUACUCCGCAGACCUUGCCGCCAGCGAGCUCAUCCCUUCGGGCGGGUGAGCUGCUGUCGGCCGGGAUCUGAUGGUAGUCCGAGCACGACGGGUCGAGAGAAAAAAAUUGAGUCGGCCUCAUGACCGUGUUUAACUUUUGAACUCGGAUCUAGUCCUCGUGUACUCGAAUCCCUUACUGUGAUGAAUGAAUGUAUGAUAUGGAUAUUUUG